AUGCAGAGGAUGAUUAUUUUCUAUGUGCUCUUCUUCUGUUCCAGUGUGGUGCUGACUGCAGCUCCACACAAAAUAGCAAAAUACAAACAGCUUAUCAAGACAAUUAAACUGUUAGAACACACGGUGAAAGACAAGGAUGUUGAACUGCUGCAUACACCAGAAAACCCAGUGGACGGAUGCCUCUCCACAGCUGUGACCUGCUUUCAGAAAGGCAUACUGAAAUUAGAACCAAAAACCAGCCAAGUAAAUUCUACAUUCAACCAAACCAUUAAAGUCCUGAGAAUGUUCACCAUCAGUGACUCUGGAAAGUGUGAUUCUUCGUGUGAAUCUUAUGAGAAAAAGUCUCCCCGAGAGUUUUUGAAGAGCUUUGCAAAACUCAUCAAAAAGUUACUCAAGGACUAA